AUGUUGCCUGAGCCAAUCCCGAGCCCUCCGCCCUCUCCCAGUCCUCGCCGCAUAGUACGCCGGUGUCACGAUUGCCCUAGCAUGGCCACUCUCGAAACUGCCCGAUUGACAAAGGUAAGGCGAACGAGGGGUGCCAGAAGCCGUGGCCGCUUCCAUGUCAAAGACUUCAAGUCCGUCGUGCGGUCGCUGCUCCUUGAAGCUAUCGGCCACUACCGUACUCGUGUGUCUACUGAAUAUGCCUACCCUACAAACACCAAAGAAGAGAGAUGGGCCAUUGAAGCGUGGUCACGGGCCUGCCAUGACAUUGGGACUGAUCUACCGAUGGAAGAUGAAUUUGUUAGCAUGAUAACUGCUCGAGCAUCACAUGUUCGCGGGGAAUUGAAGACUAAGGCAUGCAUUCUCGUUGAGAAGGCCUACGGCUUAACUGCGCCGUCCAACCAGGAUGAACGGCUGGCAAACCGCAACAAGGUCAGGGACUUGCUGACACGACUUGGUUAUGCAUAUGCGGAUCCCACUGCCCAGUUGGGCAUCUAUGAGUACAAGGUUAUUCAGUGCCUUGUCAAUGUGACGUGGUUUGCGGACCCGAAGGAUGAGGGUGUCCUCACUCUUUUUGUGUUCAUGGCUGUGCUAAUUCUCUGUUCACCACAGAUUCAGAAUGUCUUAGAUGAAUGGCAGACAGGUGAACGGGAAGACAUCGCAUUCAGCAAGAAGCAUUAUAAGGCGAAGUAUGAUCGGCACCUCGAAGAACUUGAGCGCUUCCAUGAGAAGACUCAAAGGUAUGGCAUCCUCCGUACGAUACAAACUGACCUUCUUGAGCAUGCGCGGAAGAAUGCUCGCGCUCCCCAUCCUGAUUCGGUGGAUCUUGGUCCUGGACUUGCGGAGGAUGACAUCGAUUAUGCGAUACAAGAUUGGCUGGCCAGACGUGGUGGGCGUGACAGGGAUGGUGAGGGCGAGGGCGGUGAGGCGCUUGAUGAAGAUAUUACUCGUGUUGGUGGCUUUGUAGAUGGACCUCAGCCUGGGGGGGAUGAUCAGUAG